GCGGCGGCAGCGCGGGGUCGGUGGGCCGGCGUCCAGCGGAGGGCAGGGUGACCUAGGGGGCUUCCCGGAGGCAGCGGUUGUGCCUCCUGUUCGGGGCCGCUCAGCUUCACCAUGGACCUGCUGUUUGGGCGACGCAAGACCCCCGAGGAGCUGCUGCGGCAGAACCAGCGCGCCCUGAACCGCGCCAUGCGCGAGCUGGACCGCGAGCGGCAGAAGCUGGAGGCCCAGGAGAAGAAGAUCAUCGCCGACAUCAAGAAGAUGGCCAAGCAGGGCCAGAUGGACGCCGUGAAGAUCAUGGCCCGGGACCUGGUGCGCACGCGGCGCUACGUCAGCAAGUUUGUGAUGAUGCGGGCCAACAUCCAGGCCGUGUCCCUCAAGAUCCAGACGCUCAAGUCCAACAACUCCAUGGCACAGGCCAUGAAGGGCGUCACCAAGGCCAUGGGCACCAUGAACAGGCAGCUGAAGCUGCCCCAGAUCCAGAAGAUCAUGAUGGAGUUUGAGCGCCAGGCAGAGAUCAUGGACAUGAAGGAGGAGAUGAUGAAUGACGCCAUCGACGACGCCAUGGGGGAUGAGGAGGACGAGGAGGAGAGUGAUGCCGUGGUGUCCCAAGUGCUGGACGAGCUGGGACUGAGCCUGACCGACGAACUCUCCAACCUCCCCUCCACCGGUGGCUCCCUCUCGGUAGCGGCCGGGGGCAAGAAGGCUGAGCCUUCUGCGGCCCUGGCCGACGCCGAUGCUGACCUGGAGGAGCGCCUCAAGAACCUGAGGAGGGACUGAGGCAGCAGGAUGGCCACCAGCCCACCACGAUGAGAAUAAAGUUUUUAAAGCUG